CGGACUCGGCGAGGCGAGGAAGGGGAGAUCCAGCCGCCGGGCGCCGUAGCUCGGCCGCUCUGCCCGGGAGGCUGGGCUCUCGGGACGCCGGCGGCGGCCGCGGGGCUGGCGGCUGCGGGGCGCGGGGCGGCGCGGCGGGGGCGCGCGGCGGGAGGGGCUGUGCGCGGCGCGGCCCCCGAGCGCACCGGGCCUGCAGAGGAGCUCGCGCCCGGCCGGGCUCGGCGCCGGUUCCCCCAGCCUGGGCAGCCGCCCGGCAGCCCCUCGUCAGACCAUGGCGACUGACAGCUGAUGUUCCCGCCCUGCAGUCAGUGUCCACCAGCAGCCACUCCUUCCCUUCUUCUUGCUGGCAACCUGCAAUUUCCUUUCUCCUCAUCCUGUCUCCUCCAUCAACAAUUUCCACUCAGUGCUCAGUCCUGGAAGAGAAUGGGUAGGGGUAGAGGCCCUCAACAAGUCCAGUCACGCCUGAAGCCAUUGGCUUCUUGUCUGCUGUUGGGGUCUUUAUUGUUCUUCUGGCGGUCCUCUUCCUCUUCAUCAACAAGAAGCUGUGUUUUGAAACGAUAGGAGGCCUUCCUUUCCUGGAGCAUCGAGGGAAAAGAAAACACUCUAAAGACAAGACUGGGACCCGCAAGGGGCUGGCUGGAAGUUUUGAGAGUGAAAUAUUCACAGCCAUUAAGAGACCUCCAAUUUAAUUUCUCAACAUGCUUAUUCUAUAGUUCACAUUCAAUCCAGAGCACUGGAGGAACUGAACAAGUGGACAUUGUAGACAUCAGAUAGCUGGCCAUGGCGUUGGCCAUGGCCUCUCAGGAUGCUCAGAACUUCUUCCAGCCUUUCUCUUCCUGGAUAUCUCGGGUUUAUGAAGCUCUCCAGCAAGCAGGAGAUAUGUUAUCUGCUUCGCUGGUUAACAUAAGCAAACAAGACUCUAAGUUGAAUGACAAGCUAGAUCAGGACUUAGAUAAUAUUCAGAUUCAGGAAACGUACUUUGAAGAUGAAGAACAAGAAAAUGAUUGGAGUCAAGAGGAUGCAAAUUCCUUGUUUCUGGAAGUGGAUCAUUUCUCAUGUUGUAAUAGUGAUUUGCAGGACUCUGCCCAAGGUUCAAGCCCCAGGCUUAGCCAACAUGCAAAGGACUCAUGUUCCACAAUGUCCCAGUGGCCCAAUCAGGCCAGUGAUGACCACAAGUCACCACAUGUGCUUUCUUCUAUUGCUGAGGAAGAGCAUCACCUUGAAAAGCAAAGAAGUGGCCUUCAACAUGGCUUUGACGGCCAGCUCCCUGGUACUUUAGAAACUGUUAAUGGAAAAAAGCAAGUCAACAGCUUUGGUGAUGAUGAAGAGCUGUCCACAUCUUCUGACAGUGAUGAGGAGGUGAUCAAACAAUUUGAGAUUUCCGUGUCCCAGUCCCAGAGUUUCCGUUCAGUGACAUCUGAGAAAGGAAAGCAGACAGGAUUGGAGCAGAAACCGAAAUUCAGCCGUUUGCUGUCGAUGCACGAAGAAGAUGGCACGGAAGUGUCUGCCUGCGAAGAUUUGGAUGGAGCCAGCCAACGGAGUUAUUCUGAGAAUGUCUCCUAUGGUGAAGAUGACCACAUCCCUGCUCACUCACAGUCCCCCUGUGAGAGGGGGGAUGCCAAGCACCAUGGCACAUCUCACCCAGAGUCCAAUGUGAUCCAAAGCCUCAGGCGCCAAUCCACGGAGGGUAGCUUGGAGAUGGAGACAGCUUUUAAUAGCCGGGGAUUUGAAGAUUCCUAUGCCACUGACAGCUCCUCCAUGUGGAGUCCAGAGGAACACGACAGGACCCAUUUGCAGGUGCCAUCCGGGGUCUCAGUGCCCAUCUCAAAGUGUGGUGACCUAGAUGUCGUCUUUGAAUAUAGAGCUGCCAGCCAGAAGCUCACAGUGACCAUUGUGAGAGCACAGGGCCUCCCAGAUAAGGACCGAAGUGGUGUCAACUCCUGGCAAGUUCAUGUAGUGCUGCUGCCUGGUAAGAAACAGAGGGGCAGGACAAACAUACAGAGAGGGCCCAACCCCGUCUUCAAGGAGAAGGUCACCUUCGCCAAGCUGGAGCCCAGAGAUGUGGCCGCCUGUGCUGUCCGCUUCCGCCUGUACGCUGCCCGUAAGAUGACCCGAGAGAGAAUGAUGGGAGAGAAGCUGUUCUAUCUCAGCCACCUGCACCCAGAAGGGGAAAUGAAAGUGACUCUGGUUCUGGAGCCAAGAAGUAAUAUAAGCAGUGGAGGGUCUCCGCUCAGCCCAUCUGCGGUUUCUCACAGUGAUAGUACUUCAUCCACGCAGUCACUGUCUCAUGGAGGGGCGCCAGAGCUGUUGGUGGGGCUCUCGUACAAUGCCACAACGGGGCGAUUAUCCGUGGAAAUGAUCAAAGGCAGCCAUUUCCGAAACCUCGCUGUUAACCGAGCACCUGAUACAUAUGGAAAACUCUUUCUCCUCAAUUCUGUGGGUCAAGAGAUGUCCCGCUGCAAGACAUCCAUUCGGCGUGGUCAACCAAAUCCUGUCUAUAAGGAGACCUUUGUUUUCCAGGUGGCCCUCUUUCAGCUGUCUGAUGUCACGUUGAUGAUUUCCGUUUAUAACAGGCGUACUAUGAAGCGUAAAGAGAUGAUUGGCUGGAUUGCCCUUGGUCAGAACAGCAGUGGAGAGGAGGAGCAAGAUCACUGGGAGGAGAUGAAGGAGACCAAAGGCCAGCAGAUCUGCAGAUGGCACGCUUUGCUGGAAUCCUAGGUUUGCUUACCUGCAUUUGUGUGCUGUGUCCACCUUGGUUACCUGUGUUGCUGUCUACUGACACCAAAUCAGUGUGUCCUGGCAAGGGUUUCAGGCUUUCAAAAACAGAAUUCACUGACCCCUAGGACAUUGUGAGUGGGAGUUUUGGGUUUCUCAGUGGUUUGAUUUGGAUUUAAAUAUUGUCAUUUAAAAAACCCACAAACACAGUGAAGUGUCCAUAUGGAAAGUGUUAUAUCACAGUGAAGACCACUGAUGAGUUAAUUUGUGCCAAUAGAUCAUCAAGUUUUGGUUCAGGGUAUGGGGUGAAGCUUCUCCUGCUGUCUUUGUUUGCUUGAAGAGUAACCUGAGAUUGCAAGGGAGCUGUUAGAUGUUACCAUUUGCAACCAUUUACGUGGAUGAAUCAGAAUUUUCUUAAUAUGGUACAAAAAAACCUCUAAAAUAUAGAAAUGAAUCGGAUGCUGAAGCUCAUAGAAGAAUCUAACUUUUAUCCGUAAACGCUUAUUUCACAUUUUUCUCUUUAUCAAAGAAAUCUGAGCAAUUGCUCAGUCACUUAUUUACCUAACAAGUAAAUAUUAUAAAUUUGCACUUAUAAAAUAAAUUUGUAUUAAUUAAAUACCUCUUUUAUCUUAUAUUUUAUGGUUUCUAUGAGAUUUGGUUAAAUGAAUCAUUUUGAAGCAAGAAAAGAAUUUGAAAACUACUGUUUUAAGACAACUUAUCUCCUUUUGAAUAUGUAAGAUUUCAAACUUGUAACUUUUAAGGUUUUUAUGCUGUCUUUCUCAGCCAAUCAGUUCUUCCAGAAUAAGAAGAAUACAAACAACAACGAAAAAAAACAAGACUAUUUCAGUCACAGAUUUAUUGAUUUUUCUGAUUCUGGUGUUCUUUUGGAUUAUACUUUUUCUAUAUUCAAUUAUAUAUACUCAUAUUAAUAUUUUGAAUGUACUGCAUGUAAACCAUGCUCUUUUUAAAUUGAGUAUUUUCCAUCACUAGAGCAUAGCAAAUUGCACACAGUGGGUCUUUAAUAAAUAUCGAUUUGACUGACUCUUCCAAGUGAACAUGUUAUGACACCUGUGAGUGAACAAUUAUUUUCAGCUUGUGUGGAAUGACAUAAAAUUUUUCUUUGAGCAUUUGAAGUGCCUGUAACUGUCAUUAUGUAUGGCAUUUGCAGCACCAUAUAUUAGUCACUAGUUGCAAUCUGGGCAUGUGCCAUUGAGAACACUGAUUUUGUAUGGUUAUGAGCAUGGGAUUUUACUUACUACUUACUUUUACAUGUUUAUGCAGUGCAUGUUUAUUUUCCUUAUUCUUAGGCCUGGGCCCUUAAUUUCAAUUACUUACAAUUGGCAGUAAUAAAAAAAUAGGGAAAGAGUAUAUGUACAUUUAACCCUGUGCUCAAUGUGCAGCUCUUCUGAGCAAUUGCUCAGUCACUUAUUUUUAGUUUCUGUGUUUCAUUGUGGACUUUUUCCUGUCUGUGGGAAGAGUGAUAGCUAGCGAUGGCUGUGUACAGUUAAAAACACACAACUCCUCCUCAGCACCACAUUUUGACAGAUUGUAAGCGUAGGCUGUAACACUUGAAGAACAUAUUUAUUCCUUAGAGUGUGUAAUGGUUAUCCUGACAAGACCAGACUAGGGCAUAGGAUAACUCUACUAUGCUUUCAGGGUUCAGUCUUUGAAUGAAAUGAUUUCAUACAGAAGAAUGAAAAUUUUCCAAAUAAAUUAAUACCUUAAAUACUUUUCAGGUCAUGGGAAUUUCAUAUAUACGACUGCUCAGUUAUUAGGAAUAAGUAAUAAAACCAUGCUCCUGUGGGUUUUUUACCCUACCUUUCUUUGGGAGACCUCAGAGUGCUUUUCCAGCAUUAUAUCCAUUAACUGCUGAGUGGUCUUUGCAGUGUGGCUAAGUCAUUGAGUAGAACUGAGUGCGAUUGAUUAAGUAGCGGCACAGAGAAUUGGCUUUUCACAUCUCUUACUCUUUAUGCCUUGUGUUUAAAGGGAAGUAGAACAGCCUCGCUAUGCUUUCCUUUAUGCAGUAACAUAAUAGCAGCAUUCAUUUGAAAAUUUACAUUUGAAAAAAUCUGUAUAUAUUGUACAGACAGCCCUGAAUUUUUCCCUCUCAUAUUUCCCUACUCUACAUGCUGCUGCAUCCUUGUUUCAUGAUACCUAAUAAUCAAUCAGCUAUACUUCAUUUUCUGUUCCCAAGACCCACCCAUGCUUAGGGUUUUCUGCUGGUGCAGUGAAGAUAUUGGUGUGCCUCAUCUGCCUUCCAAUGGUCUGCUUAUGAUACAGUUUACAGGAAGGUGCAGCAUUUUAAGGGAAGGAAUGCCUGAAAAGCAUUUUUUAUUUUUAUAAUUUUACUGUGUUGGUGCUACUCACCAGAUAGGAUGCGUGUACAUCUUGAAUAUACAUCAACAUUCACCUUCAGCUGAUUGUAUAAGUCUAACAUGCUGAAGACAAGAUACAUUAUAAUAUGUGGCUGAUUUUUUUACCUUGAUUUGAAAUUCUAGUUUAGUAAGAUCUUUUGAUUUUGUGCACUUACACUCCCUUAUUUUCUUGGCAAAGUCUAGACAUAAAUGCAUUUAACAUGUUUUUCACUUGAGCUUUUACAUUUGGUUUUCAAAAGAGUUAUGAAAGAUAAUUAGUUGGUUCUGCAGUGGAAAAAGCCUGCUUUUGCCUGUUUCUUCUAGCUAAUGAUUAGUAUCUCACUGGGACAUGUGACAUCGACACAGCACUGGUUUUUGUUGCAUGAGUAGGUCUUUCGGCGAUUUUGCCUGAAGAGCAUGCUUUCAAAAUAAUAUUGUUAAGAGUAAAUGAUGCUCUGGGUUUAUGGAAAUCUGCUUUAUAGUGUGCCUUCUUUUCUGGUGUGAGUUUGCACUGAAUUGAGAAAUGCUGGUUUCACCAAUUAUGGUGGUGGCUGUUGUACUCCCUGCUCCUCUCUGACUAUUGUUGAAUUUUUAAAUGGACCAUUCACCAGGCAGCCAAACACCUGCUCUCCGUUCCCUCUUCUUCACUGGCUCCCAGUGUGAUGCAUAGUUGUUUUGGACUCUGUUUUAGCUGAUGCUGCAUAACUGUUGGAGGUGGGGGUGUCUUGCCUUCCCUAACAUAAGAAGAAUUUGCAAUGCCUUUGGAUGUGUUAUACUUGGCAUUCCACCCGCAUGAAAUCUGGGAAAGAAUCAUCACCAUGUUUGUGAGAGGGAAAAGAGUAUGUUAUUGCAUAGCCAUUCACCUUAGGCACUAUUAAUUCUGACAUCCUUCACUGACAAUUAAAUGACAUCAAAUGUCAAUAUUCUCCAUAGUCUUAGGUGCUAGUGAGGCCGAAACACAGCUUCUGGCUUUUCAAUGUGUAGAUUUCAUAAUAUUUUGUGAAUUAUUGUUACCUCUUGGGCAGUCAUUGUGCUUUAGAUGAUCUUAUUGGAGAACCAAAAUUCUUUUCUUUCCAGAUGAAGUACUGUUUAAGUAGAAACUAGCAUCAGGUUAAAUAAAAGUGCUUCUCUGAUAUCCACCAAUUUGAUUUAAUUGAUGAUUCAGUGUGGACAUCUCUGCAGGUUUCCUAAAAACCUGGCUAUCCUUUUGCAGCAGAGGACUUAGUAUAUUAGAAGCAGAAAAGUGAGUAGGAAAGGAUUAUUUGUAAAUGUCAUAAAACCAGAUGGAGGCAUAUUCUUUACAGAUAAAGAUACAGGAUUAGAACACGCGUGUGGUGUCUCCUUUUACUUUUGAGGAAACUGUGGUUAAAGAACAUUCCAUUCUAUUUAAGACCAAAGCAAAUGAUAGAUAAUCCUGAAAUGGCAAAAGUAUUUUUGUCUCAAAAAUUGUUCAUUUAGGCAAAGCCAUUUGCAACAGAAUAAAAACCAAAAGGUUAUAUGGCAUGCCUAUGGAAAAAGUAAAGAAUAAAUAAAUAUGUUGGAUGCAUUUAGCAUCCUCCAGGGAGUAGUAUGCAAGGAGAGUAAACUAAUAAGCCAAAAGACAUUUCAACUAGCUAUCACAUUUCUAAAAAUUAUAGAAUUCUGAAAAAUAUUUAAAGAUGAAAGAAAUGAAACUGUUCUAAAACAAUGAGAUUGGCAUAGCGCAGCGAAGGUGGCACAAACUGUGAUCUUAGCCUGGGUUUACAUGAAACUGCUGUGUGGCCUUAAGAAAAUUACUUAGCCAGCCUGUGUCCUGGUUUCUUCAACUGGAAAAUGGAAAUAAUACCUACCUCAUUAGGUGUCUUAAAAGAUAUCAGUGAAAUCACAGAUGUAAUGUGCCUACCAUAGAGCCUGGCAUGUAGUUAGCAUUCCAUAGUUCCUCCUCACAGUCAUACUUGAAAAAGAAAAUAUUGAAGGGGUAUCUUCUCUUUCUAGCAAAAGUUAUUAUAACAGUCGAGAAAAAUGAAAACCAAUUUUCAGAUAACUGUAAAAAGGAGAGGCUCAUGAAGCCAGGCUGGAUUUGUAAAUAAAGAGGCUUCGUCAGGACAGCCUAAUCAGAGAUACGCCUGGUAUGUGGAGGAAACUGAGCCUUAAUCGCGUCCAACUGUGGUAUAACCAAGUCUUUGCAUUUAUCUCCUUAGUUUGGAGGAAGUGCAGAACCUUGAUGGUUUGUGUGUACCUCUUGCUCGAUCACACACAAGGCCUCUCCUUGUCCCCAGCUCCCCUAUUCAUACAUGGACAAGGCACCUUGUUGCCAUCAUCAAAAGAGUUGGUGAUAAUGGCAGUUUGACUACAUAUUUCAGCUUCGAUCCAAAAAAGUGACAUAUAUGAUGUGAUAUUAUACUGACACUCUUUAAAAAAGGGAUAACACUUUCUUUAAAACCUAUAUUAUAUGUGCAUUUUAUAUUCUGAUAGGCAAACAUUUUAAAAUAGUCUGAUAACACAGCUCUCAAACUUAACUGACUGGAAUGCUCUAUUCAGAACAAAUUACUUAUCACUGUUUCCCUUAUGAGAUCAUAAUGAAAGAAAUUCUAUCGGUUGAUACUUCUUUUUAAAAUGGUUUUUAAGAGUGACUUGUUGAUAUAAUAGCAUGGUCACUAUUGUGAACUUAAGUGACUUAAAUCUUGAGUAAAGAGGAGAGUUUCUGGAGAAUUUAGAAAAAAUCUUUGUUGACAUUUAAUCUAGAGAAGUCUUCAGGACAAACCGCUUCAAGUUUAGUGUAACCGGGUGCCACAAAUCAGUCACGUGCUACUUGUGGUUUUAAACAGAACAUGAUUCUGGGAUGGGGAAGUUCGAGGCUACACUCCUAAUAUCAUCAGAUUGCCAAAGACUGUUUUGAGUCCUAGGUAUCCCAAUUAAGGAGAAACAUGAAGACAUUGAAGAAUCACUUAGCCUAGGGCUUUUAGUAGAGAAUAAUUAAACAUGUAGGGAAGGUAAAGGAGUUAGAUGGGAGGGGAGAAGGCUGUGGAGUGAUUUCUGGUAACAAUGAUCCAGAAGUUCUGACCAGGGGGAUGGUGCACACUUUCUCUUCUUGACCACACGGAUAGAUUUCAGAGCAUCCCCCCUAAAUCGAGUCUGGAGAAUUAUGUCAAGGUUGUUUCUCAUUAAUUCAAAUUGUAUUCAUUGCCUAGCACUAUGCUGUUUGGGGUGGCACAGAACUUAAAAUCAUAGAUUUCAGAUAGAUAGAUUUCAGAGCAUCCCCCUAAAUCGAGUCUAGAGAAUUAUGUCAAGGUGGUUUCUCAUUAAUUCAAAAUGUAUUCAUUGUCUAGAACUGUGCUAUUUGGGCUGGCACAGAACUGAAAAUCUCUAUGGAGUGCUAUGAGUACACAUUGAAGCCAUUAGUCAUCAUUGUACAAUAAUGCUUACCAACAUACAAUUGUUAAGUUAGUCUAAUAUACACCAUAAAAAGUAGAGUUCCUUGUUAUGAGUAUUGGAAGAAGGUGAAACAUGUUGGCUGAAUUUAUUGGGGCAAAUGUCUAGGAAGCCUUGGACUGGCAGUGAGCCUUGGUUGCAUUAUAGGGGCAAUUGCCAAGGUGGGGAUGGGGGUAGGGAGUCACAGAAUCAUCAUCUUUGGAAAUUUUUUAAAGUAGAAAAUUGUGCUUGAAUCUUGGUUCUGUCUAAAGAAGAAUGGAAGGGCACCCAGGAAUAUACCCUUUAUAAAGUUCCUUCUAAGUCUAAUAUUUAUGUGUAACGUUAAAAAAGAAUCAACAAUAAUAACACUCCAGGCCUGUCCUCUUCCACUGUGGAUAUUUUUUCCACAUUGAUUUUUCUCUGCAUCACAGAAAGUUUUCUCUGAAGAGUUCCUACUUCGGUUCUGUUUAGGGCUUUGGGGAUGCCUGCAGGCUCAGGGGGAGUUUCCUCGCCUAUGGUGCUUCCACUGUUUUUGUUUCCCUUGGGUCACAAAACAGUAUCCUAGACACAUAGACAAUAAUCACCUUAUUUAUAUCCACUGUGGAACCUGUGAAACAGCUCGAGGCUUUAUGGAACAAGCUCAUAGACAGACAUGGAGGUCUGAGGUCCUUCUUAGAAUGAAGCUGCUCAAUCACUGACUGCUUUCCACUAAUGCUGCCUUAAGGUUUCUCUGGGAGAGUUUAUACUUCAUGCCUUUGAGUGACAGUGUUAACUGUUUUGAGGACGAUGAGAAGGCUGACUUCCCAUUGUAUUACCAUAUUUAUGCAUUACUUUUAUUUAUUUCAUUUCCCCUGGAAGUAUCUGGUUGCUGCUUUUUUGUUUUAGUUUAUACAAAACUUAUUCAUCCAAAAAGACCUUUCUAGGUUGGGCAUGGUGGCUCAUGCCUGGAAUCCCAGCACUUUGAGAGGCCAAGAUGGGAGAACAGCUUGUGUCCAGGAUUUAUAGACUAGCCUGGGAAACAUAGUGAGAUCUCAUCUCUACAAAAUAUCAAAAAUUUGCCGGGUGUGGUGGUGUGCACCCAUAGUUCCAGCUACUCAGGAGGCUGAGGUGUGAGGAUCACUUGAACCUGUGAGGUCGAGGCGGCAGUGAGCUAUGAUCAUGCCACUGCAUUCAGCCUGGAUAGCAGAGUGAGACUCUGUCUCAAAAAAAAAAAAAAAAAAAAAAAAACUUUAUUAAGUGUAAAUGUUUCAGAAUUGAGUUGGAGAAAAGCAGAUGGAUAAAAUGGUUUAAGUUCAACAAUAUAUUUUUUGUUUCUAAAUAUUCUUUUUAAAGACUAGAUUCUGAUAAGAAAUCCAGGUAAACAAUCUUAUUAACCUUGACUUUUUGGCUUAAUGUAUUUCAGUAAUUGUCUCUUUCCCACUUUGACAGGCAGAGGAUUUAGGGAAAGUGAAAGUUAUUGCCCUGUCUCUAAUUAAGAAAUAGAUACACUUGUUUGUCAGUCUAUGCUUCCAUUCAAAAUAAGUGCAUACAUUUUGUAUGUGGAGAAGAAAUGCAGUGUUCCAUUUCAGCAGUGAAAAGAGUUAUAGUAUCAAAUGGGAUAUUUAGUAUUCUUGACUUUUAUAAUUAAAUGCUGAAUGAUGUGCAAGUCAGUAAGUUAGAACCUGGAAUGCUAAGUCUGUACAAACUUGACACAUUUCUUCCAAGCUCUGUGUUUUAAUAGUCAAAGGCAUUGCUACCUUUUGCUUUUUGAAAGAAUGAAAUGGAAACAGUAGCUGCUAGAUAAAGAGGUGACAAUCGAAACAAAGAGCCCUGCUUACUGCUGUGUGACUACAACUAGUCUUAAAAACUGAAUACAUUUGCAGCAACCUUAUGAAACAGGUAAAGGUCAACACUGGGAGUGUCCCUACCUUGGCAGAUGGAACAAUACUUUUUCUCUAGACUCAGCCGAUUUUUAAAGCAGGAGUUUUCCAAUGGAUUUGUUGCUUAUAAUUCUACUAAACAUGUCUUAGUCCAUGCAAAUUAACUCAAAAUCUUUGAUGGCCUAAAAAUUCUUACUGAAAGCAAGUUUUUAGUGUUUCCCAGUUCAUAGUUUAUACUAAAAAAGUGUACAUAUCCUGUUUAAUAAAGACCUUGAUGUUUGAGAAUAUCAGAAGUCUGCCAGUAAAAACUCUGAUGGAGGAACAUGUACAAUAAAAGAUGUUUUUAUGUAAGUUAUUUUAAGAUAGUUGCAUUUUAGGGUCAUGUUUCUUUGUUGAGAGUAUUUCUUUGUCAAGUUCCUUAUAGCCAAUGCCUUGACCAAAGCUUACUGAUUUUGCUACAUUUCCUUGUGGGUUAUAAUAAUCUUUAUAAUUCACAACUCUACCAAAUUAUAAUACAGUUUUUUAUUAUGCCACCAUACAAAUGCAGCUGCAAAUUGGAUUUAAUUGUGAAAUACAAAGUCCUUUCCAGAAUUUUAAAACCUAAUUUCAAUAUAGAUUUUAAGUUUGUGAACAAGAAAUUAGGAUUUGCAUACCUUCUUAUGACAGAGGUUUCUCUUAUAAUAUUUUCUGUUAUAGUAUUGGGAUAAGAUUUGACCUGUAUUUUCAGGUAAAAGCUGGUCUUUGAGAGCUACUUUUUAAGAAAUUAAUAAAUUUUCUCUUUUAGAGUUUUAGGUUCACAACAAAACGGAUCAUAAAAUAUAGAGAGUUCUCAUUAUACUCCACACACAAUCCUCUCUCCCAUGAACAUUUUGAACACCACACUGGUGUAUUUGUUACAGUUGACAAACCUCCACUGAAUAUCAUUAUCACCCAAAGUGCAUAGUUCUUAUUAAGGUUCAUUCCUGGUGUUGUGUAUUUUAUGGGUUAUGACCAAUGUACAAUGACAUAUAUUCAUUAUUGUAGUAUCAUACAGAGGAUUUUCACUGCCCUAAAAAAUCCUCUGCGCUCUGCCUAUUCAUUCCUCCCUCCCACCUAAGCCCUGGCAACAACUGGUCCUCGUACUGUCCCUAUAGUUUGCCUUUUCCAGAGUGUCAUAUAGUAUGUAGUCUUUUCAGAUUGGCUUUCUUUCACUUAGGGAUGGUCUUGUAAGUUUUCAUGUCUUUUUAUAGCUUGAUACUUCAUUUCUUUUAAGUGCUGAAUAAUAUUUCAUUGUCUGGUUGUAUCAUCGUUUAUGACCUAUUUGCUUUUAUUUCUAGUUUCAGUUGCUCUGGCAAAUUUUAUUAAUGUGUGUGCUCUCAGGAGAAGCUUCAUAUACUUUAUAUGAUCCAUCAAAUAAAAUUAUGUGGCAACUUCUAGUCUAGAAUAAACUUCACCUAUAUGAUACUGAGCUUGUUUACAUUGGAGAAGAUUAUGAAAAAAAUCUCAUAAUUUCUUAAUUUACGUUACUCUAUCUGUGAGCUUUUCCUCCAUUAGAAUCUAAACAGAAAGUCCUGAAGGUUUCUAAAUUUGUGAUCCCAAAUUUAGUGACUCUCUGUGUCUUCUUUUGUUGAGCAAUAAAUUAAAUAUCUGUUGAUAAAAGUGCUGAUUAUGUUAUUACUGAUUCAUGAGAGAAAGUCACUGUCUGUUGCUAGUUUAUAUGACUUUACAUUUACCACUCCUGCCAAGAGAAAUGGAAGCUUUGUGAUUGUGCCCCGUCAUAGUCAAUUGUACAAAUCAAUUAAAAAUUGUAUGUAAGCAUAUGGAUCACACAGCAGCUGUGAAUUCUGAAUGAAAAGAUAACCCAUGUACAGGUUGCAGGAAAAAGUAGAUUGGUGUUGGAAAGAUAACACUGAUAGUCAUACUGGGUGAGUGGGGAGGCUUAACCAAUGAUCCGUAUCUUAGAAACAUUUUGAGAUUAUUUAUAUGUCUUCGGACUACCCUUUGCUUUGUCGCCGCAGCAACUUGCAGAACCUGGCAUUAUUGAAGGUAUAGUUAGUUGUGUAAAGAAUAUUGGAUUAAGAUAGAUGAGGCCUGUGUUCUGAUAUCAAGUCUUCCACUAAUGAGCUCUAAAACAAAUGUCAAAUCACAAUUUCUUCAUUGUUGCAUCUAUUAGAUGGGAAUAGUAAUACUCUUUUACCUAUUUUUACCAGGUGGUUGUAGGAACAGGAUUCAUUCAUUCCUUCAUUAAUGCAAGGAACACUUUGAGACCCCACUACAUAUCAGUGCCAUAAGUAUGACAAGGUGAUAGAUGGAAAGACAUUUUGCAGAAUUUUUGAGACUUGCAGUGUUUUUGAAGACUACAGGAUAGUUUGUUAUUUUUAUAUUAAGGUCAUAUGAACUCUUUAUGUUGACAUAUCGAAGUAAUUGACACUUUUAGAGCUCUGCCAAUCAAUGGCCCAUAUUUAUAGAAUGUCAGUAAUUUGAAUUUAAGUUAUAGUAUAAUGGUCUUUAGCUGUUCUGUCUCUGAGAGGAUAGAAAUAAAGUAUUAGGUCCUAAUUUUUUUUCAAACACUGAUCAUACAGCAAAUUAUAAAUCCAUGUUUUCAGCAGGUUCACCAACCUUUGAGUUGAAUGCAAACCUUUCUUUAGAACAAUCUAACUUUGAGUACAGGCAAAGUAUUAAAUGGAAUAGCUUUUCCUCCCCCACAAAGUGGAUUUGAAUACAGUACUUAGAAAAAUUCUUACCCUGCCAAAAAAGGUCCCUCAAUCCACUUUAUUGUUUUUCUUUUGAAGAAUCAGUCUUGUUCAUCUCUCUCCUCCCAAGUGACUUUCCUCACUCACAUAAUCAUUUUCUUUAUAAAUGCCCUUUUAUUAUCUCCAGAAAAAAGUAAAGAUUUAAAAAAUCAUUUUUAAGGUACAUUCAAGAUUUCAUAGCAAUAUUUUAUUUGUGUUCACAGUGCAAGAUAAAUCUGACGCUUUCUCAAUUUUUUUUGGUCUUCAUAUGGCAUCUGAAACAGUUGUUCACAUUCACACAUUUAUGUUUCACCAUAUGCAUACUGUGUGCAGCUCUGUUGUUUUAAAAUAUUUUAUUGGUUUUCCUUUAUAUCUCAACUUUUGAUGGGUGUCCUUGAAGAACUUUCAUGAAAAAAAUGUUAAUGUGAAUGAUUCAUUCAUUUUGAACAUAUGUAGCUAUUUCAGGAGAUUUUCAGGAGAUUUUACCCUACAUGGAGUACACUGUUCUUAGCAGGGAAUGUGCUUUAUAUUACUAUUCUACUCACAGCUGGAUGCUGCAGAUGUGAUUAACAUUGUAAGCAUGUACUUUUUCUAUUCUAUGCUUACUUUAAUACAUUAUUUAUAUGUACUAGACUGCUGAGUUUUGGUGGUUGUCAAAGGUAGUUAGUUUCAUAAAUUUCACUUUGGCAGAUAGUUAAGUAUAACAUGGUUUAGUAUAAAAUCUGUCUUCCUGUAGAUUUCUAGGUCACUAGAAGAAUUUCUUGGCAAAUUGAUUGUUGAAGGCCAGUUCUGUUGUAAGAUGGAAGCCCCCCGGCCCUCUCCCAGUGUUUCAUUGGCAUUUUUAGAGCUGGAUGCUGUUAUAGUUCCUCCUCUAGUUUUCCAGUAGAGAAUUCCUAUGUGGUCCAGAGGUUCAAGAGAGAGAAAACAUUUUUUUCUCUCAAAAGAAUUGAACCUUCAUUUUAGAAAUGUCUGACAAUCUUCAGAACAUUCCAUGUGGGUGUCCUUGUGUUUCUCAUAGUAUGACUUAUUGAUUCAUGGUGUCUCUUAUUAAAGAAGCACGAAUGUAUCUCUAGCUGUUACCAGAACAAACAGCUGUAGAAUGUAAUGACCCAUCCCAUUUCUAAAUUGACUUCUAUCAGUGGAUAAUUUGUGUAUAAGAAAAGGUGUGGAAAUUUUUUAAUUGUUAAAAACUAGAAUACGUUUCUACCUUUUGUAGUCUUCAAGAUUUCAUAACAAUGGUUUUAAUGUAUUACUAUUCUAUUAUGUAUUGUGUUUAAACAAGAUCAAUCAGUGAAAUAUUUAAUGUCAAUACUUUGUUAGAAACGCCCUUUGAAAAUGUUAGAAAAUGUAAAACUUUACCUGUGACAAAGAAUAAAUUCAUGAUUAGAAGAAUUAUGCUGUGUUUUUUGUGCAAAUAAUACUUAAGGCAGAUGUUCAGUCUCACAGUGAUUUUGGAAAGCAUAUUUUAUGCAGUCUAAACACUAUUUCUGUAUUAGAUAUUUAAAUGCAUGAGGAUAAAUUCUAAUUGCUUUUUGUUUAAAACAGAAACAUAGAAGAAGCAUUAGCCCCAGUUUGUAUAAAAUGUCUGCUGCAACUGAAUUCAUGAUAGUUCAUGAAAACUGAAAAUCAUUCCAAUUUUGUAAAACUGCUGCUACUGGUUUUAUCAAUAAAGUUUUAGCAGAUGGCUUAUAUGUACAUGUGUGAAAAUUUUUUAUGUUAAAAAAAGAUACAGUUUUGCAGCAUCAACAUGCAAAUUUUAUGGGCCUGAAUGAUAUUGCUUAUUUUAGUAUAUACAAAAACCAUUAACUUCAAAACCAUACCAACUGCAGACGUAUGUUAGAACUAUUUGGUUUGAGGGUGCUGUAGGCUUGCAUGGUGAACAUAUAUCAGUUCAAUUGCUGACUCGAAGAACAUCUGGUAAGUAAGGAGGUAUAUAAAGGUAAGGAUCACCUGAAUCAACUAAAUUGCAUCUAAAGAAGAUUCUGAGAAGGCAAAAUGCAAAGGUAGGUCUUUGUAUACAAAAGUGUAUGUAAUUCUUUAUUAGAUAAGCUCAUGUCCAGAACAUUUUCCCAUCUAUGAAUACCCAGUUCUCCUAAGUUUGCAAGGCUCAGAUGCAACAAGCUAGAAGGAGAGGGAGCUGAGCUAUUAUAUUCAGACACUUACAUAGCACUCAAAACAUGGCCGGCAUCCCCCAAACAGAAAAGAUUAGAGAAAAAAAUUCUAUAGAUGUUUCAGUGACAAUUUUCAAACAAUUAAAAAAUUUGAUAUUAGUUGAGGCAAUGCUACCUAUUGUAAUAACCCAAAAUGUCAGUUGAUUCACAUAAGAAAGGUUUAUUUUUCCCUAAUCUGGGAUGUUUUUGAACAAUCAGCUUUCUUCCUAGCAGUAUUUUAGAGACUGAGGCUCCUUUUGUGAUCUGGUUGUUCAGAUUCCUUAGGGACUUUGAAAGAAUGUAUUGCCACGCAAAUGGGGGAGGAAAAAAAGACCCGAGAAUCGAAUGUGUUUUAAGGGACAGGCUUACAGGUGGUGCUCUUCACUUCUGCCCAAACUCCAUUGGCUGGAACUAGUCCAGUGGCUCCACCUAAAUUUAAAAACGCUGGGAAUCGUAGUUUAUUUGUAUACCCAAGAAAAUGAAACAGUAUUGGUAAGACUCUCAGAGGUCAGUAUCUGGCAUACUUAAAAAAUUAUUUGAUUUUUUAUUAAUUUUUUAUCUCUCUUUAUCUCUCUCGCGCGCACUGGCGACCCGUGGGGCCCCUCUGCUGGGAAUCUCCUGGUCUGUGAGAAACGAAAAUUAGUCUGAAAGUGUGGCGUCCUCUCGUUCUCUGUGCUUUCACUGGGAGCCACAAUCCUGAGCUGCUAGCGAUCAGCCAUCUUGGCUCUCUCUCCAAGAGAGAGCUCAAUAAAAAAUAAAUAGUCAAUAAAAAAUUGACUAUCUUGUGUAGCAUUUUAUUGAUAAGUCAAAUAAGUCAAAUCACACUGUAUGUAUUAUAAGCUUCAUAGUCUCCUUACUGUUUUCCUGGGGUUGCUCUAGAAAGAUUCAGAAAUAUGGCUCAAGGGGAAGCUUGGGUGACAUUUCACAGUGCUGAUAAAUUUUAAUGUGCAUUCCACUACAUAAUAAAACACCUGAUUCUUUUCAGCUAACAGAUAAGAAGUAGGAGACAGAAUUGGCAUUAUAUCUGUGGUCAUCUCAAGGAGGGACAAGAUUGAGUGGUGAGAAGAUUGGAAUUUGGAUACAUUCUAAGGUAGAUUGUAUGGAAUUUAGCAUUUUAAAAUCCAAAAUUGUUUAGUGAAAGAUUUUAAUCUUACAAGGAGAAUUGCAGAAUUUAUUGAAUUAUAUCUGAAACAUAAAUAACCCAGUCAAGAUUAAAAUCGUACCUGUUUUCUAAUUCCAGUUAUGCCAUUAAACAAUUCUGUGAUCUUGCAUUACCUUGACCUUUCUUUUCAUGUCUUCCAACAUUUGUUAUAUCUUGAGGUAGUCCCAGAGGAAGAGGGCAUUUGACAGUUAUUUGGUGAGUUAAACUGACAAUAGAAAAGAUUUCCUAGUCUAUUCAGAUAAAGUAUAACACUAGACAUACCGUCCAUACUGGUCAAAUUAGCUAGAUGCUCCCAAAUGCAUUUUUUUUUCUCCAUAGAGAUACAGCAUGUGAUUAUGGAGGCUGAUUUUACCUGAGGUAGAGGAGUAUUUUAAGGAAAAAUGAAACAGUUCAUCUCAGAGGAAUCACAACCACUUUGGAGGAUGGAAAGACGAGAAUUAGGAAAUACAUAAAUAACUUUAGGUGAGUAUUUCCCAAUGCUAUUAAAAUGCAGGUAGUGACCUUUAACAUGUUUGGAAAAGGAAAAAAAAAAAGUCGCUUUAUAAAUACAAUGUCUCAUUAAGGGAAGAAAAUUGUUUUCUGUAUAAUAGGCUUUCCCCCAGCCCCCUCUUCUGUUUGAGUAUCUUUAAAGACAGCAACUAGUGGCUGCCUUCAAGGUUAGUGUAAGUUCAUGAACUGAUAGCUGUGUAGCUAAGGUAAAAACAGGGGCCUCAAAACAGGUAGGGUGGAUUCAUCUAUUUCCAUGUGUUCUUGAUUACUUUUGAUGUACCAGACACUGUGUGCUAGACACUAGGGACACGGCAUUAACCAGGUGAACUAGCUUAAAGUCUGGUGUGAUGAAUAUUGUGAAAUGGGAUUGGUAGGCUGAAUUGGGAAUGUAAUUAGGGGGCUAAUGUAGUCAGUGGGAGGCUGUCAGAGGAAGCUGCUAUGAGGAAGUGGUAUUUAAGCUAAGACGUGAAAGCUGAGUAGGAGUAAGCCAGGUAAAAGGGAGGCACAUUAAGAAAGAAGAAACAGUAUGUACAAAAUUUCUUAAGCAAGUGGGACCCUUCCCUAUUCAAGGAAACUGAGAAAAGUCCAGCAUGACUGGACCUUAAAGAGCAAGGAGAAGGGUGUCAUGAGAUGAGCUGGACGAGAAGGCAAGGCUGAUUGACACUUCCCCUUAUUCUAACUAAGAAGGAAGUAGCAGUGAUGUAUUUCUGGCUAGGACCAUCUCCGGGAUUUGAGGUACCCAUCUGAAAGCCCCCUGCCAUACCCAAUAGCUGAAACUUUAUCAUCACAUCUUCAAGACCCUGUGGCUUAUUAUUACUUCUUCAGACAGUUUGAUUUUAGGUUACCAGCUUUUUAAAUCUUAGGGCUAAUAAACAGCGUACAGUAGGUGUUGAGAGAGCAAGCAUGGGGCCCUGAGAGCUGUGGGCCGCUGGUGUAGCCCCUUCAGCCUCACAGAGUGCCAGCCACCACAGGAAUCAAUGUAGCACCACACAGCAACCUUGCCCUGGCUCCAAAGACAGCAACUUUUCUUUCUAAUUGUUUCCCAGUAGUGCUCUCUUCCCUCUCUGGCAUGACUCUACAGGGAACCAGGGAUGUGGUGGAUCUCUUCUUCAGUGUAAUUCUCUCUGAAGACAGCCUUGGGCAACAUUUCUGUACCAGACCUUUUGUCUUCUCUUCUUUAAUUUGGCUUACUCGCUAUCCAGAUUGCACACUUUUGAUGUUCUAAUCAUCUCCCAUCCCCAAGAAAACAGCCCUAUUUAACAACAACAACAACAAAAGCAACGUAAAACAUAAAAACAUAGCUGAGUGAGCUAUGAGAAAUUAUGCAAUCAUCUGGGUAAAUUUAUACUGAAGUGUAAAUGUACACUAAAGUAUGCUAAAGUGCUAGAACAUGCACAUCUCUAGUCUCCUUUGUGAAAAAUACCUUUGCUUUUGUGCAUGUUCAUUUUAAAGAAGUUUACAAGUUGGCCUGAGUUUUUAAUUCGCUGUUGGAUCAAAAUGAAGACUUUCCGUGUGAAGGACAUAUUUUAGACCACGAGAACUUUUUUUUUUUUUUAAUCUGAGGCACCCUGCCAGUAGGCAGCCACAGACAGCCAAAAGGAAUUAGACUCCAGGCUGAUUUUUUGGAUUAGUUAGUAUAUCUCUCCUCAGAAUCUAUCAAGUGCUCAAACCGGCAGACACAAACACGAACACACUAGGGAGGAGAAUCCCAGAGGCGGAAGAUACUAUAUUGCUCAUCCCCAAACGCCUCACCCCGGGUUACACCCACGAACUCAUUCGGGUUUCCCUUCUCAGGGUCCUACUCUAAGGCGAGGAGUAUCCCAGAGGAAGUGUCAGGGUCUUAAAAAAAAAACAAAACAAAACAAAAAACAAAAAACCACUGAGCCAUACCCGCUGCUUCCUCAGCCGCUGCAAGUGCCGCCCCACCCCUCUUCUCCCCAAAUCCGACCUCGGUAGGGGACACCAAACUACGGCUUGCAGAGAGUGACCUGCCAGGGGAGGCGCGGGGCCGCUCACCUGCCCCGGCGCGCGGCUCUCGCCCAGCCCCACCCCGUAGCCCACUCUGCCGGCCUCAACGUAGGCGAACGCAGCCCGGACCCCUCUGUCGGGGCUCUUUGUUCGCUGCCCCUCCGUGUUCCUGCUCUCCACCUUGCUCCGAGCAGCCCCCGCCAGCGCACUCGACCGACAGAAAAGUUGCUCCCGAGCUGUGGAGGGGCGUCAUCGCCUCCUAGCAACGCUCCUAGCAACCGGGUAACAUCUGCUCCCUCUGGUCCAAUGCGAGCCGAGAACAGCUGCGCGCCCGCCUAGCGCUGCGAACCCGGAGUGAGAGGCGCUUCAGAGACUGGAGGGACGGACCUGCAGGAGCCAGGGCUGCCCGCCGAGCUGCAGUUGCCGCUGCUGCCGCUGUCAGCGCCCGACUGAAGAGUGACAGCCGCAAAAGCAGGAGUGAGCACCGAACCCCGCGCCUCUACCUAACAGGUGCAUGCGCCGAUCUGGUGAGUGGACCCAGCUCGCAAGAUCUCAGGUAACCAUUCAUGAGCCUGAGGCUGUGAGAAAUGCUUGCUGUGCAAAGGGGAACUCUCACCAGAUUUUCUGAAGCUAUUCUAGAAAUACACUUUUCGGAUUGAUUCAGCGUUACCAGCUUAUCCAACAAAAGUAUUAACAUAAACAUUAACAACGUCGAAAGUAGCCUACUUUAAGAGAAAAUAUGCAGAAGAAGAAGAUUUACAUCAAGAUUACCAUGGGUAUUUUCCAAAACACCUGAUAUUGCCUGAGGACAGAACUUGCAUUCUCAAACUUUCUCUGGAGAAGCUCAGGUUUCUUGAAGACCCAGAAACCUACUUAAGAAGGUCUGUGUUAAUUAACAAUUUGCUGAGGAAGAUACAUCUAGAGACGGAGAAAGAGAGCUAUGAAUACUUUAAAGAAGCUCCCUGUUAUAAGACUGCAUAUUCUGAUACAAGAAAACGGCUGAAGUUUAUGGUACAGGAAUGCUGUUCUCAGUCUCUCUAUUAUGAAGAGCUGCAUUCAUAUCAUAUUGUGCCUUAUGCUUCGGAGAAUGCCAUUUACGAAAUGGGCUACACUAGCAGCCACUUGGAGCAAAAUUCUCAGUUGCUUAUUUAUAAAAUGAAUUAAAGUAACUGUUAAGUUCAUUGA